AUGUAUUUUCUCGAGCCUUCUCAUAAUGACCUAAAACAAUUCCACUUUGAUAUCCUAUCCUGUCUACCGAAUCUAACACACUUGACCAUCGGUGAUUUCGUAAGAAAAUCCAUGGUUUUCGGCAUCCAAGACUUUGAAAGGCGCCAUACCAUCUUACCCUAUCUCAAUUCUCUGAGCACCCAUGUAAGCUUGGAUAAAAUACCCCAAAAUCUUUCUACCGUCUGUCAAGUAGGCACAGCCCCAAAAAUAACAUCUUUCAAUUGCACGGCGACCGAUAACGGUGAAAUCUGGAUGUUUUACUUUGCAGCAAAAUAUUCGCAAGUAUUCGAUAUGACUUUAUCGGUCUGGAGCGAUAAUAAGACCUGUAUUUCCAAAAAAGACAGUUUGAUGGAUGGCAAGGUACAAAUUUCAAGGGUUUCCGACACUAACUGUCGUAACCAACUAAUAAGACCAGACGUCUGUCGUAUCAUUAGGGUAGACCUCCUUAAAUCCUCGUUAUGGAAGGUGAAGGCACCAGUCAAGAAUAUACAGUAUACUGCCAAAAAAUAUAUUACUCAACCGACCUUUGAGCAGCGCUUGAACCUGUUGCUCGAUAUGUCCAUGGCCACAGCCGAAACCGUCAAAUGCCACUUUGAAGGUAAAGGGGUCUCCCUUGGGUUGAACGAUCUAACCACCGUGUUUAGUAUCUGCCCCAAUCUGGUCUCGAUUGAUCUAAAGCAUUGUGAUGUUUAUCUGGCAGUCGACACCCUGUUGUAUGGCUGUGGAUCUUUAAAGAACCUUACUCUACUAACCGGUGGGCUGUAUCUUGCUUCAGAUCCGAUGAAAUUUACCAAUGAACACAAACUAAAGAGGGUUGAUACCAAUAGUGGAACGAUCAGUGUCGAUGCACUCGACUAUCUUUCUACUCAAUGCCCAUUACUGGGUCAUCUAGUCUUGAGUACUGUGCAGGUUCUAUAUAUUCAAGACCUAACAGUUUGGGAACUCGCUGAUCACCAAGAUGGAUGGUAUCCAGAGACAAAACAAGUGACCAGUGAACAGAAAGAAGCUAUUGAGUAUAUUGAGACAUACUUUAAAGACUUUGAGACCAAGCGCCUUUUAGGUCAAAUGCGGAUCAGCGGUUCAUUGGAUGAAACUUCACCAUAUUGGAAACACAGCCUCUUUAGAGGGUAUCUUGAAUUGAAGUUUGGAGAUGUAAGCAACUACAAAAUUAUAUGGGGUGAUGAAGACGAUAAAGAAUAUAAAGACAGGGAAGGUAGUGAAGAUUUGAAGAAUAUGUAUGAUGCUUUAGAUGAUUUGCCCUGA